CAUUCAUCGAUAUCGGUGGAGUGAACGGCCUUCUUCACGUGAGUCAGAUCAGUCACGAUCUCGUUUCAGACAUAGCUACCGUUCUUCAGCCCGGGGACACCUCAAUCAAGUUCACUCUUUCAAUGCUUCAUAGAAAUAUAUUUUAGACAGCAUCAUACUAAAUGAUAUACAGGUCAUGAUAUUGAGCCACGACCGUGAAAGAGGCAGACUAAGUCUUUCUACGAAGAAACUCGAGCCCACCCCCGGAGACAUGAUCCGCAAUCCGACUCUUGUUUUCGAAAAGGCUAAAGAGAUGGCUGAGACAUUCAGGCAGAGAACAGCUCAAGCGGAAGCGAUGGCUCAUGCCAACAUCCUUCGAUUCCAGCCUGAGAGUGGGUUAACUAAAGUGGUGAUGGUGAAUUGGGUCCUUUCUUGUUCUUUUUCGAUCAACACUCUGCAAAGAAUCUGGUUGAGGCUCCUCAACGAGCUAAUCAUCUUUGCACUAGAUUUCUUGAGUUUUCACCAAACUUGCAGCAUUGUUUAG